AUAAAGUUUAGCCCCAUCAGGCGUGGAGGCAGGCUAACCGAAGGCUUCCGUUUCAUUUCCGAGUGUGACAGCGACAAGCUGAGCGGCUGCCUGCGAUUUCCAUUCCUAGUGAAUGGAUGUCCGCUGAGUACAGGAGUGGCCUGAAGAGCAGAUGUGAUAGAAUGGGACGAUGUUUCUUCAACAACUAAGCCCCUCUGAAGCUUUUGUUUGCUUGUGGUGCGUGUGCCCUGUGAAAGACGCUAUAUAAGAAAAGUUCACAUGAGUGAGGCAGUUAACAGGAAAUACGAGCCCAAGCCUUUAAACUCAUACAGGACAAAAUGUGCACCAACUCACAUAUUGUACAUCUGCCUUCUUCUGAGAGGACUAACAGGGAGGAAGUGGAGGUGGAACAGAACACCUGGGCAGGUGCUGCCCCCAGGAAGCCAAGUCCAUACUUGUCAAAUCGAGGCAACGUAAUCCGUGACUUCACAGGCAUCCUACGGGAAGCCUUUCUGCUGUACCAUAAGGACAAGCAUGAUGAAAAGGACAACCCGAAUGGUAUGAUAAACCUGGGAACCAGCGAGAACAAGUUGUGCACUGACUUGCUGUCUGAACGGCUGUCCCAGGCUGAUAUGUUCCACAUCGAGCCCCACUUACUUCAGUAUGCAGACUGGAAAGGCCGUAACUUUCUUCGAGAAGAAGUUGCCCGCUUUCUUAACGACUACUGCAAGGCCCCCCGACCCCUGAAAGCUGACAAUGUCGUGACACUAAAUGGGUGCACAUCUGUUUUCUGUUGUCUCUCUGCAGUGCUCUGUGAUCCAGAAGAUGCAGUUCUUGUUCCCACUCCUUUCUACGGGAUGAUUAAAAAGCACUUUAUUCUGUACAACAAUGUCAAGUUGGUCUACGCUCAUCUUACGAGUGAGGUGAGUGCUGCCGAUGAAAACCCCUUUCACUUAAGUGCUGAGAAGCUGGAGAAGGCCCUGCAAAAAGCUACACAGGAGGGUGCUCGUGUCAAAGCCAUCAUCUUGAUAAACCCCCACAAUCCUCUGGGUGACGUCUACACUUCCACUGAGAUGAUGCAGUUCUUAGAAUUUGCCAAAAGACAUGAGCUCCACGCCAUCGUUGACGAGAUUUACAUGCUUUCUGUGUUUGAUGAGUGUACAACUUUUCAAAGUGUUCUCAGCUUCAAGAAGCUUCCUGACCCUCAAAGGACACAUGUGAUGUGGGGAAUAAGUAAGGAUUUUGUGGCAUCGGGUAUGCGUGUCAGCUGUCUCUACACAGAGAAUCAAGAUGUCAUCAGUGCCAUUGGAGAGCUGGCAAGUUUUCAUGGAGUUCCCGGGCCUACACAGUACCAAGUGGCUCAACUGCUCCGUGACAGAGCAAAUGAUGUGGACACUGGGGGGCGCACCAGCUCUCCAAACCCGACACAGACAGAUGCAGACACGAUUUCCAGCACAACACAGGCUUUUAUUUAGCUGUGGGAAGAACUUGCCUAUCGCUUCCAUCCCUCCCCAGCACAGCACAGCAUAAUAAGCACAGUUUUAAAGCACGUUUCUUCUUCUGUCCUUCUGCUUCCACUCAUCCUCCUGCAAGCUUCAUCCUCCACCUGGCACACUUCAGGUGGGCAAUGAGAAUUUUCUGCAAGUACUCCCAGGUGUGGUGGAAGCCCAAUGUAGUAAAGGCUCCGACGCUCCUGCAGCACCCUCUGGUGGCACCCACAGAACCCAACAUGGCUGUGUCGAGCUCCAAAUCCCCCCUGUAGCCUGGUGGGAAUCUGAAGUAUCUUUGGAACCCAGGGGGGCUGCCAUCUAAUGCUCUGGAGGAGGUAUAGUCCCCUGUGCAUGUCCUUCCAUUAAAGAAGCAACCCCGGCCGGGAAAGGGCCCCUAGCUGUCCAUCACAUUGAUUACAUUCUUGUAAAUACUCUAAAUUAGGGUGGCUUAAACUAAUUCUGAAUAUUUUUCUUUAUUUUAAAUUUUUUAUUGUAACAUUUAACCUGAAAAGAUCAAGUCCCUAUGUAAUUCCCUUCCUUUCAGAUUAUGUUUUGCUUUUUCAUCUCUUUCAAUUUUAACGAAAAGCUUCAUGUUUUUAUGUUGUCUGACGGCCUUGUGAUUCUUGUCAUGCUGCAUCUAUUUACAAACAAUGGUGUCAUUCAUUUUUAAUCUGCCCUGAAGCCGAGUGUCAUUUUUAGAGUAAGGCUGUCAUUUGAUUUUUAGCUUCUCUGAAACGGAAUGUUCAGCUGUAAUUAAAGUCUGUCUGCCGUGUUUAUUUUUGAGACCUUGAGUUGCAAACAAAUCCGUGAAAGUCGAUCGAGAUCAUCAAAAUGAGUAAAGUAGACGGGGUGAGGGUGGAGAGCAGGUUUUCAGGUCCCUCGUGUGACACCCUCUUGUAGCCUUUUGACGUGUUUUCUGGCUUCCUCCCACAGUCUAAUGACAUGUUCUUGCAUAUAUUAUUGUCCCUCAAAUUACCUGGUGUGGCAUUGUGCGUGGGUGAGUUUGUGUGCCAUCAUCAGCCUCCAGUCCACACAACAAUGUGAUUAAGGUAAAGCAGCCAUGCAUUAUGAGGCUGGAUUCAACCAAUUCACUAAUGGUGGGGCAUUUUUCCUAUUCUGCCAAGGUGCCAGUCUAUUGCGGGGCACACAGACAUAAACACACGGUCAUUCACAUGGAGCCACUUUAGAGUCACCAGUCACAUUUUGGAAAAUGAGAGAAAAUCCAUACUACCAAGAGGAGAUCUACAUUUUAAUUGAUAUUUAUAGGUUUUUAUUUUGUUAAAUUUAACGAAGAAACAUUCAUUUGACUUCCUAAUUUUCAACAAGAACAAAAAGCAUAUAAAGAAGACAGGGUAACAUGUAAAAACAAUACAUUGAUAUCUACAUUAUGAACUCUAUUUCAAAGUUAAAAUUGGAACUUCAUCAGAGUUUUCUCAGCUCACAACCUGCCUCAUCCAUCCAUCCUCUUCCGCUCAU